UGCGGUUACCACAAAACUUUGGAUAGGUUCCCUGACGACUAUAUUUUCUAAUGUCCGUCUAAUAAACUCAACAUGUCGGCGUCUAUAAAGACGAGUCCACCACAGCCCACUUUACCGGCGCCGGUACUUCGGAGGUCGAAGAGGCCGAGUAACUCUCCCGACUCUUCUACCACACACGUCUCCGUUGCAGAGCCGCCAGCAGUAACGGAGAGAUCCCCACGGCAUGGCACAGCUCACUCGCAGAUGCUGCCACUGCGGAAUGACUUAAUACCGGAUGAGUUGCUAGCUACUCUAAGAUCGACCGUAUACAGCCAUGGCAGAAUAGGCCCACCCAAGUUAACCAAAACCCCUGAACACUUACAGGUUAGUGGAAUACGUGCCCCAGAUGUGGUAUGGCACUAUUCCACUGGCCGCAAAAAAUACCAAUACUUUCUUGAUCAGCCGACAUCAGUGACUGGAGCUGGCAGGGAUAUAUCCUUCCUCUGUGACGCACUGGCCGCUCAGAGGCCGCGGGGCACCCUCCCACCAAUGACUGACAGGGCCACCACCCAAUCACCUGAUCAAAAGGAUGCAAAAUACAUGGAGACGUUAAUACCAGCAGAAUACCACAUAGUGAAAAAUAAAGGGCUGAAAGGACUUCAGUGUUAUGAUGACAAGUUCACAGUUCUGCUGGAGGAUGAGGAGAAGAAGCUCAAAAUGUUUCCAUCAAUGAAGCCUGGAGGCCGUCUGGAGGCGGUGCAGCUGAUGAAGGUGAUGGAUGACAUGUUGGACAAAGCAGGCGUCAGUCAGCCGCUGGAGCAGCUCACCCACCUCUCACAGAUGCAGGGUCUCCUGGAGCUUGUGCGGGUGGAGCAGAACAUCUACAACAUUGUGUUCCAUGAGUUAAUCCGUCAGGUGAGCGUGGAGUGUGUGGAGAGGGGUCAGCUGCUAGCCAAACUCAGGCAGAGGUAUGUGGCUUUGCUGGACCGCAUCCCUCAGCAGCUCCAGGGCCUGCACGCCGAGACCCUGGCACAGAGGGCCCUGGACCGCCGCCUGACCCAGGAGAUUAUCUGCUUCAAGCGCUCUAUUGCAAAGCUUAAUCAGGAGCUAAGUGAGAUGAGGGUGCGUGAUGAGCAGGUGUCCACGCAGGCGGAGCGAGCCCAUCAGGAGCUGGCCCGAGCACUGGAGCAGUCGCAGCACAACUCUGACGUUCUUGGGGAGUAUCACAGCCUGUAUGAACUGCAGAGACGUAGACUGGAGGGCCAGGUGGCGGCCCUGACCGAAGAGAGGGACUUAUGGACCAAGGUCACCUACAGCCUCGCGCUUAAGGUUAUUAAGUUAAACAACUUACAGCUGGUCAGCAGACUUCACAUUAGUGCACAGACGUGGAGCCAAACGGCGGAGCACUGCACUGUCGUCCUGACGACCAAGAACUCAGAAGACCUGAACCACAUCCUGCACCUGACAGACCAGUGGAAAGAGCAGCUGACCAGCUUCAUGGAGAACCUCAGAAGGACUGAGAGAAACCAGUGUGAGAGCAUCAGAUCUGUCCAGAAGGGCACUGCCAAGUGGCAUGAGUUCUGUCAGGCUAAUGUCAGGUGUACAGAUGUAAAGUUUGAGAAGACUUCCGUGGAGGAGUUAUUUAAUGACUUAAAGCAAUGGUCAAUGUCGCUGACCACGCAGUGUGAGCGGUAUGGAGGAGAGGAUCUGCUUUCUGGUCAGGAGAUUCUCGACACACUGACACACCUACAGGAAACGUGGGUGGAGGUGUUUCUUCAACUCUUCUGGAGGCAUCCAGACCUCAAUGGAGAAGCUCCUAAGGGCAAGGAGACCAUGCGAGAGCUCAGUCAUGCUGUCACUGAGCUGCACAAGCAGUUGAGUACCCGCAUCAGCGGAGAGAGUGGAAUUCAUAGGCAGAUGAUGCAUCUGGCUGGAGGAAUGGAGUUCUGGGCCAAGAAACUGAAGUCCCUGGCUGGACAACCUGAAGCGCUGCCUCACUCUGAUUGGCUGAAGCUAGAGAAGGCUCUGAAAGGCUGGUCGAGGCUGUCUGAGGAGGCCCUGCUGAACGUGGACAGCACUCAGCCAGAGAGUGAGAAGAUGAUACACAAGCCUCAUGUCACGAUGGAAACUGAGCAUGUCUGCAACACACUGAGGGAGUUUCUCUCCACUCAAAACAACUUCUUCGACAAUGAAAACUUGAGACUCUGCAAGGAGGUCAGAUCCAUGGACACUCUCCUGAUUCGCUGGAUGGUGGAACUGCUGCUGCUCAUGGCACCCGAUUGUCACAGCGACCAGGAAGCGCCUUCUUCCCCACUCCCAGAAUUCCAUGCCUUAGAGGACAUGUCUAUUCAGAAGCUGGAGGAAGAUGCCAGGAAUGUCGCUUGGAAGCUGGAUAACCUCACCAAGUACAUAACAGGAUCAUGCCAGGCCAUCGUGGAGGAGGAGGUCCAGAGAAACAUGCCUCAGGACGAGACAGAGAAGCAACUCCAUGAGCUCCGCAAGCUUCAGAGGGAGUGUGGCGAGUGGGUGAAGGUCUGUGGGAUCCUGCUGUCUGAUUCGCUGGGGUGCCCUGUAGCCCCGCUGCUGCCUGGGAAAGCUGCUCCCCAGUCUGCCACUGACAUGUGCUUGUCCAGCGCGGGCUCUCCGGUCGAUGUACACAGCGCGCCUGAGUCGCCUGAAGAGGCAGAGGAAGAUGAAGAAGGCAAGGAGGAAGAAGAGGAGAAGCCAGGCGCUAAAGCAGCCAGCAGACGUCAUUCCGACACAACUCAUGACCAGGUCACCGACAUUUACUUUCACAAGACGGAGGAGGAGGGUGGGGCAGUGGAGGUCACAGGGGGUGAGGAGGAAGGUUCGGUCCUGAAGCUGGUCGGUCAUGACGGCCACAUCAUCGAGCAGACCUUGGGAGAAGAGACUGUGCAGCUCGUUGGGACUGGUGAUUUUGUGAUGCGGCCAUACACGGGGAAUGCACAUCACGCCUACGGUGCACUAGCUACCGUGAACAUGCUACAGACGGAGCUGCUAGCCGUGGAGGUUCGUGCCACCAGUGCUGAGGACAGGGCUCUCAGAGCAGAAGAAGACCUCCAAGAAGCUCUGGAGAAGAUUCAGUGCCUACAGAGGCAGCUAUCACACAAGCCCAGUGUAGAGGUCAAAGAAAGCAAGGGGUCGGCACCGGAAGCACAAUUUGCUGAGAAGGCACCCACACCUGAAACUCAAGACGCAAGCCCAGAGACAGCAUCCAGCCCCAAACCCAACAGAGGCAGAAAGAAACGCUAAAAGCAUCCUACUUGUGUUCUUUGGAAGAGGGAAUUUUGAACGUGGAAAAAUAUUGAUCAAUUAAAA